AGUCUCACUCUCCAUCUCAAAUUCUCAAUCAUAUAAUUAGUCCUAAUUCUAAAAUUCACAUUUAGAGAGUACCAAAACUAAUGGCAAAUAUGGCUUUCAAGACCUCAACUUACUCCUCCUAUGGCCGCUUACCUUUCUUUCUCUCUCCUCCUCAGCUGACUACUACACAUGCGUCUACUUGGUCGAGGAAACUCUUUUACCACCCCCGUCGUGUUAUUGUUUUUUCCCAGUACUCACAGGCGCAAGAUCUCUUUACAUCGCGUCUCCAGGAUCGUAUUCAAAACCUUCCAAGUUUGGUUGAGGAUAUAGUCCAGACAUCCAUAAAUACGGGUCCUCGUGGAGCCUUAAGACUAGCUCAAGGAGUCCAAGCAGUUGUUGGGGUUGGUAGUGAGUGGCUAGCAGAUGCCUCAAAGUGGACAAACACAUCAGCUGGUUUACCAGCUGAAUUGCAGUUGGGCUUGAUUUCUCCCUACUAUUUGAGGAAAUUGUUUGAACGCCUAGGGGCAACCUAUAUCAAAUUGGGACAGUUCAUAGCAUCUGCGCCGACACUAUUCCCUCCAGAGUAUGUUGAGGAGUUCCAGAAGUGUUUUGAUCGAGCCCCUGCAAUCCCUUUUGAAGAUAUCAAAGCAAUCCUGAAUCAAGAAUUAAAGAGACCGAUUGAUAGUGUAUAUGAAUACAUUGAUCCAACUCCUCUUGCAUCAGCCUCAAUAGCACAGGUUCAUGGUGCAAGGCUAAAGGGCUCUCAAGAGGAUGUGGUCAUAAAGGUUCUGAAACCUGGGAUAGAAGAUAUCUUAGUAGCUGAUCUAAAUUUUGUCUAUGUUGUGGCUCGCAUUUUGGAGUUUUUGAAUCCUGAACUAAGCCGUACAUCACUGGCUGGUAUUGUCAAGGAUAUUAAAGAAUCAAUGCUUGAAGAAGUUGACUUCACUAAGGAAGCUGCAAAUAUUGAGGCCUUUAGGAGGUACCUAGACACUAUGGGACUGACUAUGCAAGCUACAGCUCCAAAAGUAUACUACCAUUGUAGCACCAGCCGAGUCCUGACAAUGGAGAGACUUUAUGGAGUUCCUCUUACAGAUCUAGACUCUAUAAAUUCCCUUGUUCCUAAUCCUGAAACGAGUCUAAUAACUGCCCUAAAUGUCUGGUUUGGCAGUUUGCUUUCAUGUGAAACAUUUCAUGCAGAUGUGCAUGCUGGUAAUCUUUGGCUAUUACGUGAUGGUCGUAUCGGAUUUCUUGAUUUUGGUAUUGUUGGACGUAUAUCUCCAAAGACAUGGGCUGCCAUGGAAGUAUUUCUGCAAUCCAUAGCAACAGAAGAAUAUGAAUCGAUGGCAUCAGCCUUGGUUGAAAUGGGUGCGACAAACCAGAAUGUGGAUACUAAAGCCUUUGCAAGAGAUCUGGAAAAGAUAUUUUCCUCGAUACAGGAUAUAGAUACAGAAAUCGUCGUUGCAACAGCAAGGGGGCCGAGUACUAAUGCAACUGCUGUUUCUGCUAAUGUACGAGUUGAUGAGAGGCAGAUGAAUGCACUAUUUCUUGAUCUGGUGCGAGUGAGUGAAUCGUAUGGACUGAAAUUCCCUCGGGAAUUCGCCCUUCUGUUGAAGCAGCUUCUGUACUUUGAUCGGUACACUCGUUUGCUUGCUCCCAAUAUGAACAUGUUACAAGACCAACGAGUUACCAUUGUCUCAAAUCAAAGAGCUGGCAGCAGUAGAUUCCGAUAGAAAAUAUAUACUUAUAAUCUCAUAUGAUACUUGGAUGUUAUCUUCCAACUAUUCGAGCUCCCUUUAUUGCUUAUACGGUUGGUUUGAUAAAGCAAAUAUAUACUACAUUGAUCAGUGAAUGUUACUUCAACUUUGUAAUGUAUAUAUGAUGUGGCUCUGCUGCUCAAUGUAUAUGUAUAGGGAACAUAUAAAUACAUUCCCCCUGUUGUAGAGUUUUCAAUAGAAUUGAGAAUAUUGUGUGUA